CUCCCCCGGCCGAGGGUGGGGAGGGGUCCCCGCGGCGCCGCUCCCACCCCGUGAUGCGAGGCGCAGGCAUGCUCAGUAGCCGCUGCCUACCCCUCCUCUCCCGGCAGCGCUGCCCGCCUCGCUAGGAGCCUGCCCGAAAGCCAUCUUUGAGGAGCGGAUCCGCAGCCCGGCACCUCGCCAUGUCUGCUUCAGCUCCUGCCCAAGGUCCCGCCAGUGCUGGGGCUGCAGGGCCACCUCCUGCUGCCAACGUGUCAAGCAACAAACGGCUGCAGCAGACACAAGCCCGGGUGGAUGAGGUGGUAGACAUCAUGAGAAUGAAUGUGGACAAGGUGCUAGAAAGAGACCAGAAGCUAUCAGAGCUUGACAACCGGGCAGAUGCAUUGCAAGCAGGUGCCUCGCAGUUUGAAACCAGUGCAGCCAAACUGAAGAGAAAAUACUGGUGGAAAAAUUGCAAGAUGAUGAUCAUCCUCGGUGUAGUAUGCGCAGUCAUUCUCAUUAUAAUUAUAAUUUAUUUCUCCACUUGAAAAAGCGAAGAAGGAAGACUUGGCACAACCUUGUUCAUAUCAACCAACGAUAUCAGUGUUCCUUUGUUGAACUCCGCUUUUUAAUUCCCGGUGUCUUGGGAUUUUUGCUUGUAAUAACCCAUAAGCAUUCAGUGUGGUGUGUUUUGGAAUUCUGUUGUUUCCACAAGAAACUGUACCAGCUAAAUACUGCCAAGUAGUUCCAUACACUGUCUUAUCACUGUGUCUUAAAAUAUGUACGCACUGACCUUCAGAAACUGUAGUAUACAGAAAGCAUCCUAAACAUCUCAGAAUCAGAGAAUGCAGCUAUAAGGAAACUCCUGCUUAAAGGGACACUGUCAGGUGGACUGGACCCAAACCUAAGGUUGCAGCAAACGUUAGGGCCAAAAUUCUCAAUCUGAGCACCUAAAGUGCCCAAAUCCACUUUGAGAUGUAACUUUUUGAGGUAGGGAGUAUCUGCUACUCUCAUUGAGGAGAGUGGUACCUGCAAGUAUUCGUGUAAGACAUCUUAUUUCAAUUUAGCCAAUUGAAUAUAGAUUUUAUGAGCCUAGUUGUGAUAUGCAAGUCUACAAACAUUGCCUGCAAAAACCAGAUAGGACUGGAUUAUCGUAUUUUAUGGAUUUAAAUUUUACCUAUGGGGCAUGCUGUACAAACAGGAUGGCCUCAAUGUUAAAGACAGAAAGAAAACUGUAUGACAACCAGAAAAAGCAUUAGCUAACACAGUCCUGGAAAAGCCAGGCGAAAUGCAAAAAAGGUAAUACAAGCAUCUCAAAAGACCAAGAGACAGACUGACUAAAAUCUCAAGGCACUGUUUGUCAGACUUCAUGGGACUCUCUUCAAUGCCAAUCCCCAAUACUUAUGGCCCUAUCUUAAAGCACAUGAAUAUUUUUGGUGAUGUCUGUGGCUUCCCAGCACAAUGGUAGGAAGCUGCUUCCGCACCGUUUUGCAGAAAUGGUCCCUGAUGUGAGGGCCAUGCAAAAAUCGGGAAGAGGGAGAUAUGGGUAAAUAGAGGGAACACUGACGAGAGGCUGAGAAAGGGAAGGUGCUUAGCAAAGCUUUCCUGGAGAAGAGGAAGGCAGAGAAACACUGUUCCAAAGUGGUGAUGUUAACAGGCUUUUAAAAAGUUAAUUUGAUUUGUGUGUGUGUGUGUAUAGUUCAUUACCUAUAGCGUCGUCUUUGUAAAGUGCUCAGCCGAGAUAAUAUCUUCACACUCAGUUAGUUUAAACUAACAUUUUAUGUAAUUAAGAGAAAUUAUAUAUUGUAGUUUGAGAGAAAGUUUGCGUGUGCUGUUGUUGUAGGGUUUCUCCCAGAUGUUAAAUCCUUGUUUGUUUUUUUAAACACUGAAUAGUUUAAUCCUAAUUAACUAAACUAAAAAUGAAUUAUCAAAUUUUGAGCCAGGAAAUUCUGAAAGGGUCUUUUUAGGGUAACUCUGUCAGAAUUUCUAAAAAGAAUUCAUAGAAAUGAUU